AUGGUGGAAGUAUUUGGUUUGCAAGUACUUGCAUCAAUUCACCACGAAUAUACGCCAACAUUAUCUAUAUCAUUGGAUACAGAAAUUGAGUGCAUAUAUAGGAAUGUUGUUAAAACAUGCUUAAAAGAUUCGCGUAGCAGUGCAAUUGAUAUUUUAUGUACAAAUCUUACAAAUAGAAAGGAACUGAGAAAUAAUUUCGGGUUUUUGAUGUUGGAUUUGAUAAGAACUUUACCAUUUGACAAAAUCAGGAAUGAACUGAGCGAAUUAACAUUAAUUACCAACUAUUUAGACAGAAUUAUGAAAGACGCGUUUUACGACCCAGACAAAUAUAUAGCUCAGUGGCUAAAUACGGCCCUAACAGAAAGUAAAAUAAGAAAACUUGAUAGUUCAAGAACGAAACAGCCAGAUUUCAUAGCAACUAAUGUGAUUUAUGUCGGUGAAGUAUCUGUACCAUCCGAGAAAAACAACGUGUAUAAAAACUGUGUUGAUCUAAUGAGAAUAGGUGUAUUUAUGAAGGAUUGCAUCGACUCAGCAAUUUCACGAGGAGCCGAGAUAAAAAUAUUAGGAUUUCAAUGCAUCGCAUACAAAAUAGAUUUCUAUAUUCUUGAUCUAAGAAGUGAGGGAUUAUAUACAAUGAGUCAUAUUGCUCAGAUUUCGAUACCCGAGAAAAUCAAGGAUCUAUUUAUAUUUAUAGAUGAAUUACACAAUCCAGGCCUAGCUCCAUUAGAAUUAAAAUCGUCAUUCAAAAGAAAUACUUUGGAUACUCCUGAAUUUAAUAGGAUUGUUAGAGCUGACAUAACGAGUGUUGACGAGGAAAUUACGGAAGAGAACAUUAGGUAUAUUGGUUGUGAUGCAUUUGCAAUGGAACUUGCAAACUAA